CUAGGCAACCGAAGUGAUCCUAUGAGUAUGACUGUUCUCAACUUCUUUUCGAACUAGGCCCAAACUCUCUCACUCUACGUCUCUCUCCUUGAAUUGGUGCUCAAAAAACCGGCGGCGGAAAAUGAGAACCGGCGGCUUAAUUAUCAACUACAGGCGACGGUUCAUUUCCACCACUUCGUUUCCUACUCUUUACUUCUUUCGAUGCUUUUCUUCCUCAUCGUCGUUUGAACACAUAGCAUUUAUCAAAGAUGUAGCUGCAACAUGUAUUCCUGAGCGUUUGCCCAGUCUGCUGAAUUUGCUUCAGAAAAGAGGAGAUUCUAUGAUUUCUCCUGGAGAUAAGCAUGGGCUUUUCCCCCUUGCCAUACCUUUGUCAAGAAACAGCUCAGGUAUUGUGAUUGCUCUAUUACGGUGGCCAACAGCACCAUCUGGGAUAGACAUGCCGAUUGUGCAAGUCCAUAAGCAUGGGGUGUUUCCGUUAGCCAAGAAUGUUGACCAGUAUAUCCAUAGAAUGUUGGUUGAAGAAGAGGCCAACAGCCCAAAGGACAGAAAGAGAGAGCUACUUCAUGUUUCGGCUAAUGCUAUAGAACUGUACCAAGAAGGGAGCUUCGCAGAAUCAAAAUUGCCAAACUUAGAUACCUACCUUCUGAGAAAGGUUGGUGUGUUUCCCGAUGUUUUAGAACGCAAGAUUAACAAGCACCUUGAGAAAGGAAACCAAGUUUCAGCAUUAGUAACCGGGGAGUUCUAUGCAAAGAAGCAACACUUUCCUGGCUUUGGACGGCCUUCUGCGUUUAAUGCACAGAUAUUACUGAAGAUUGGGCGUGACUUAGAAGCUCAAGGUGCAGCAAGGGGAGCGCUGAAAUCACCGUGGUGGACCUUGGGAUUCCAAUACCAGGAAGUUGCUGAAAUAGCAAAUUGGAAAGACGAGCAAAUUUGUUAUGUUAAGAAAAAAUUGACAGAAGAAGGAAAGCAAGAGGAUCUGAAGAACGGAAAGGAGCUUGCUCAGCUUGCAUUGGAUCAAGCUGCAUUUUUGCUAGAUUUGGCUUCUGUAGAGGGUAAUUGGGAUGACUUUGUGGACCGCAUUGGUGAAUGCUACAAAGAAGCUAGUCUCCAUGGUAUGGCUAGAUUUAUAGCAUAUAAAGGCUAACUUGGAAGGUAUGAAGCAUGAAACUUUGGGGUUACCCUGUUUUCCAAAGUGUUUAUGUUCUCCGUUCUCGAAACUUCAGCUGUUUCCAUGAUGAUGAAGCCUCAAAUGCAAAAAUGGUUGGAAACGUAGGGCACGUUCCUCCAUUUUCAAAACGUUUCUAUUUCUAAACACCAAUCAUUUCCGUGCUCCAUCUUGGAAGGGUUGAUUUUGGAGAUCAAAUUUAGUAUCUGAGAUGCUUGCAGUUUCUAAAAGAGUGCAACAUUUGCUUCUUUUUUUUUUUUUUUUUUUUUUAUGGAAAUUGCUACAGAUUUACUUCAAUAAGUUUGCAGUAUCAGCAACUCAUGUACGCUCAUAUUUUAGACUUUCGUUUGACACGAUAUAAUUUGUCUGCUAGUGAUAGAGAUGCUUGGUAGUUGGUUCACUCGUGCAAAACUGUAAUGAGUAAUCCACUGCACUAUAUACAAGUAUAACAAACUAAUAGAAGUAUCUUCUUAUUUCUUCUA